GAGAGGCCGGCUGGGGCGGCCGGGGGCGGGCUGGCGGGAGGGCGUGGCCGGCGCCGAGGGGCGGGGUCAGAGCCGAGGCAGUGGGGAAGCAACCGCGCUGGGCAGCGGAGCGGCGGCCACGCCAUGUGGCUGCUGGGGCCGCUGUGCCUGCUGCUGAGCAGCGCCGCGGAGAGCCAGCUGCUCCCUGGGAACAACUUCACCAAUGAGUGCAACAUCCCAGGUAACUUCAUGUGCAGCAACGGGAGGUGCAUUCCGGGUGCCUGGCAGUGUGAUGGGCUGCCCGACUGCUUCGACAAGAGUGACGAGAAGGAAUGCCCCAAAGCUAAAUCGAAAUGUGGCCCGACAUUCUUCCCCUGUGCCAGCGGCAUCCACUGCAUCAUCGGCCGCUUUCGCUGCAAUGGGUUUGAGGACUGUCCUGAUGGCAGCGACGAAGAGAACUGCACAGCAAACCCCCUGCUCUGCUCCACUGCCCGCUACCACUGCAGGAACGGCCUAUGCAUCGACAAGAGUUUCAUCUGCGAUGGACAGAAUAACUGUCAGGACAACAGUGAUGAGGAGAGCUGUGAGAGUUCUCUAGAACCAGGCAGUGGGCAGGUGUUCGUGACCUCUGAGAACCAGCUCGUGUACUAUCCCAGUAUCACCUAUGCCAUCAUCGGUAGCUCCGUCAUCUUCGUGCUGGUGGUGGCCCUGCUGGCACUGGUCCUGCACCAUCAGCGGAAGCGGAAUAACCUCAUGACUCUGCCCGUGCACCGGCUGCAGCACCCUGUGCUGCUGUCUCGCCUGGUGGUCUUGGACCAUCCCCAUCACUGCAAUGUCACCUACAAUGUCAAUAAUGGAGUCCAGUAUGUGGCCAGCCAGGCUGAGCAGAAUGCCUCAGAAGUAGGCUCCCCACCCUCCUACUCAGAGGCCCUACUGGACCAAAGACCUGCGUGGUAUGACCUUCCUCCACCACCCUACUCUUCUGACACAGAGUCUCUGAACCAAGCUGAUCUGCCCCCUUACCGCUCACGAUCAGGAAGUGCCUACAGUGCCAGCUCCCAGGCAGCCAGCAGCCUACUAAGUGUGGAAGACACCAGUCAUAGCCCAGGACAGCGUGGCCUUCCAGAGGCUGCUACUGAGCCCAGGGACUCCGUGCCCAGUCAGGGCACUGAAGAAGUAUAAAAUCCAGCAAUUCCAAAGUCCAUGUGGGUAAAUCUGCUCCAACUUGUUGCAUUCUGAUGACCUGUGUUCAUGGGACACUUUCUGAGCUCCUUUAAGGGUAUCUCAAGUUGGAAGUUUGGGAUACUGACUGCCUCUCCAUCCCCUCCUCCAGAUUUCAGGGAUAUUCUUUGGAGGAUGACCUGACCUCUCUCUGGCUUCAAUGCAUCUUUUCUGUGAGGUCACUGUUGCUUCAGGGCUCAUGAUCACAGCUGCGUGUGUCUUGUGAUCAGUGACCAUACCACUGUUGGAGUCCAUCCAAGUAGGUGUGUGACUGUCCAGGCAGCAGGACAAAGCCCUAUGUAAGUAGUCAUAAGCAUGGAAACAGGUUUCUGGGCAAUGUUACAUGUUCAGGAGAUUGGAAGAUAUGAGACCAGAGUCUCUGCAGGACUUCUAUCUUCUAGCUGCAUUUGGGGACCUGGGCUGGGGGAUCCUACCAGGAGUUUGUCGUUGGAUGGCCACUCUAAAAAGUGUCCAAGUGAACGAGAAAGCCUGCCUUGUACUCUCCUGUGUAUUACUGUCACUUCAGCAGAGGCCAAAGAAUUCUGACAUGAGUGAUGUCUUUCCAUUCUCAGCAGUCUUGCCUAGUUUUCGCAAAGACUCAGAAACCAUCUACCCUGGCUUUAGAAAUUUGCCUGUGAAUCCUUGUUUUCAGAGCUUUCUCUGGUAGUAUCAUCCUGGAAUAGGUAGGGGAAGCUCCGCUGUUGAGUUCUCAGGUUACCAGAGGCUGGGCCUGCCUUGGCCCUUCAGUCCCUUUCCUGGCUUCUGGGUUGUCCCCCUCCCCACUGACUUGGCAUAGCCAAAGAAUGAGGACUCAACUUGUGUUGGCCAAAAUUCUGGUCUGGCCCUUUGUUCCAGUAACUGUGCCCAGCCUGUGUUGUUCUACCACGAAGCUUUAACUAGGCUCUUAAGUUUCCUGAACACCUGGGAGUUUAUUUUGCCUGUGCAUUUGAACUUGAGGACACUAACUAUAUAAGAGCCAUAUUCAGUACCUCAUGUGAAUGCUCCUAGGUCCCUGUACUGCACACGUAACCCCAAGAACAGUGAACCAAUUAGGGUUAGGGUUAGAAUCCUACAGGCCUCUCCAAACAUCUUAGUAGUCUUUUCUGAGAGACAUAGGCAAUAGAUAAUUUGGAGUCAAGAUUUCCCACUGGAUUUUUAAAUAAUCUCUUAGAAAUGCAUUUGAAACAGUGUGUUUGUUUUUUCCCUUCUAGUUAAGGGACUAUUUAUAUGUGUAUAGGAAAGCUAUCUCUUUGUUUGAUUUUAUUUUUGUUUCUCUUUUAGUGAGGUCCAAAGAAAGGUGCAAAAAGAAAUCCUGCCUUUACUCAGCCUUGUCCCGUAAUAUUAUUCCAGACUAACCUACAUGCCAGGUGUUUACAUUGUGGCACCUUGAAGUCAUUAUUUAUCAAGUUCUGAAAAGAUGCAGAGAAAGACAUCCCUCACCCAUCUUCUCUGUGUUUGGGAUAAUUCUCCUCUUUCUCAAUGCCCAGCCACCCCCAUCCAGGCAAUAAUGGACUAAACACUUGGUGUUAUUUGGCCAAAAAUCUGACCAGGGACAAAACUGGAAGGAGGUGAAGCCACCUCAGGCACUGCCACCCACCCAGAGCUUCUUUCCACAGAAUGUUUUAGGAUUCUGUUUGAUGCUGAUUAAGAAGGGCCCACAGGAAGCAGGGAGAAAGUGGCCUUCAAUAAUGCUGUUCUGUUGAGUUUUCCUUUUUUAAGCAAACCCAAAGUAUACUACAGGAAAGCUAGCCACUUGGGGUUUUUUCAUUGGUUUUGGUUUUUAGCAAAGAAGCCUAGUUGCUUUUGGGUUUUUGUUUUGUUUUGUUUUUUCAUUUUUAAAAUAGCAUUUGAGUUAAUUUGAGACUCGAUGAAGCACUUAGGUGGCAGACGGAGUUUGUCUGGCUGUGCAUCUUAUCCCGGUGAGUCAGCGUGGCUCUUUCCUGCCUUUGAUGGGCCCCUGCUUGUUUCUGGUGCUCUGAAAGUUGUUUGGAGGAAAGGAUUCUAAUUUUAAUUAAUUGUGCAGUGAGUUAAUCCCUUGAGUUUUCUGCUUCAAGGCAUUUUAAGAAAAACAAAUGUUUUAGUAGAUAAGGGCAGCCUAUUGUUGUUUUUCUCACACAAACACAGGGACAUUUUUACUAUAGAUUUGGUUUUUUAAUGGAUUUUUUAAAAAAUAGCAACAAGAUAGCAAAGCUGUAGGACUUGGGAUUUUUCUCCCCUUUUUCUCAAGAUAUCAAAUAAGUGGCUAGCAAUAUUUUUUUAAUUCAUUCCAGCCAGGAUUUUUUUAAUAAUAUAUUACCUAAAUCUACGCACACCAGGAAAUGAUCUUUACUUUCUUUUCUCAAAUGAGAUCAGCGCUUCGUUUUUACAUUACACUUGUUUCUCUGUGGUUGAUAACUUUUUGCCUAGCUUGACUCCCUCUAUCUUAUAAUUGACUUUGAAAAAAAUGCAACUAAGUUGUUAAUAAAUAGUGUGUGAUAUUCAAACUUAAUGUAAACUGGAAAACUUGUAUGUGGUUGCUUUUUGUUUUUUGGAUUAGACUUUUUAAUUUUAUACUUUCAAAUAAACUUGCAGUUUCAUUCUU